AUGGCUCGCAUAGCGCAACAAAACCAAAGGAUCAAGGACAUCCUCCCAACCCUCCAGAACGAGGCAGAUCAAAUCGACCAGAUUGCAAAGAUAAGAGGAUGGUUCCGUCCAAAAGAAGACAGCGCGUACUACCCGUUGAUCCAAGACUACCUCGAUCAGAAGAUCGACGUGAAAGAAGCGACGGCGCGCAUCCUCGGACCGAUUGAUGAAAAGAUCAAGGAGUCCAAACUCGACGAUGUCGACUUCAUGGACCUAUGGACCAGCAUCAUUCACUCAGCAAGACGAUCAACAUUCCGCGACGGCGCCCGAACACAGCACCACCAACUCAUCAAGUUACUCGCCGCAUUCAAGGAGCACUCAAUACCGGACAACAAGGAGUAUGACUACCUCUACAGGGAAAUGACUGACUUUGGCAUGGCCUGUCGUGAGGCCUUCAACGACGCGCCAGCCGCUCACGAAGGCUUCAUCGAGACGGAGGUGCAAGCAUGGACGAACAUGAACUACUUCUUCGCCUUUGUAGCAAGGGAACAUAUCUACGAUCUCUCCAUGUACGCCAUCUUCGCGCUACGGGAAGCUCUCGAGACACCUCCCAUCGAUGAACCCAUGUCGACGGCCAACCAAAAAUACGACGCAAACGUUCCCGCAGCUGUAGCUUGGAUAAUAGCUUACGGCCACGACCUCUUCCGCAUGGAAAAAGACCUCACACCCACCGACAAGAAGCAAGGCAACCCAGGACGCGGAGGCGAACUCUGGAAGGGCAAAAGCGAGUUCAGCAAAGAAAGAUGGGCACUUUGGAAAGAACGGUUCGCAGCGAUUGCGGAGAUGGAGGGCGUAAAGGAACGAACGAGGCUCGAUGCCAAAGAUGCGAUAGAAGGCAUGGAGAGGAGCCAGACGUAUGAGCUCAUGAGGUAA